UCAAGCUUUGCCACCGAGUCAAAGGAAGAGUUAGAGGAAAAUCCUAGUCCCGUUGUGGAUGAGAAUAACGUAGUGUCAGCUAAAAAACAGGGGCCAAAUUUACAUAACUGGAGUGGUGACUGGAGCUUUUGGAUUUCGAGUUCCACCUAUAAAGACAGGAAUGAGGAAUACAAAAGACAGUUCACACAUCUACCUGACACAGAGAAGUUGAUAGCAGAGGAAACUUUAUUGUAUAAAAAUUUAAAAAUCAACCAGCAUAUAUUGGGAGAUCCCAGGAUGCAAUGCUGAGUGUAAGAAAACACUCUAACGGUAUUACAAAUGAAUGACAUAACUGCAUUCAAGCAUGGAUUAUGCUUGUGCUCUUCAGAGGGACAUUUUGCUUCAGGGACGACUCUACCUUUCAGAAAACUGGCUGUGUUUCUAUAGCAACAUCUUCAGAUGGGAAACUACAAUUUCUAUUGCUUUAAAGAAUAUAACCUUCAUGACCAAGGAGAAAACCGCUCGACUCAUCCCCAAUGCUAUCCAGAUUGUUACAGAGGGUGAAAAGUUUUUCUUUACAUCUUUUGGUGCCAGGGAUAGAAGUUACCUCAGUAUUUUUCGGUUGUGGCAGAAUGUACUAUUAGACAAGAGCUUGACCAGGCAGGAAUUCUGGCAGCUGCUCCGGCAGAACUACGGUACUGAGCUGGGCUUAAAUGCUGAAGAGAUGGAGAACUUGUCCCUGUCGAUGGACGAUAAUCUGCAGCCAAGAAUUCCAGGAAGAAGCAGCUUGGAUGACUGUGGGGAGAGAGAUGAAAAAUUAUCCAAGUCAAUCAGUUUCACCCGUGAAUCAAUUAGUCGGCUUUCAGAAACAGAGUCAAUCGAUGGAAAUUCACCAGAAAGGGGGUUAGGGAAAGAGGAACCCCAAAGUGAGAAACAGAUCAAUAAGAGUCCUUUACUAGCUUCAGAGAAGAGGUUAAGUAGAGUGCCAUCAAAGUCACUGGACUUGAAUAAAAAUGAAUAUCUUUCUCUGGACAAAAGCAGCACUUCAGAUUCUGUUGAUGAAGAAAAUAUUCCUGUGAAAGAUCUUCAUGGAAGACUUUACAUCAACCGUGUUUUUCAUAUCAGUGCUGAGAAAAUGUUUGAAUUGCUCUUCACCAGUUCACGCUUUAUGCAGAGAUUUACCAAUUCUAGAAAUAUAAUAGAUGUAGUAUCUACCCCUUGGAAUGUAGAACCUGGAGGUGAUCAGCUGAGAACCAUGACCUACACAAUAAUCCUUAACAAUCCACUUACUGGAAAAUGCACCACUGCCACUGAAAAGCAGACACUGUAUAAAGAAAGUCAGGAUGCACAGUUUUAUUUGGUAGAUGCAGAAGUACUGACACACGAUGUUCCCUACCAUGAUUACUUCUAUACCGUGAACAGAUACCACAUCAUCCGGUCCUCGAAACAGAAAUGCCGGCUGAGAGUUUCCGCAGAUUUGAAAUACAGGAAACAACCAUGGUCCAUUGUCAAAUCUUUAAUUGAGAAGAAUUCCUGGAGUUCACUGGAGGACUAUUUCAAACAGCUUGAAUCAGAUUUGUUAAUGGAAGAAACUGUGUUAAAUCAGUCCAUUGAAGACCCUGGAAAACUUAGUGGCCUACGAAGGAGAAGGCGAACGUUCAACCGAACAACAGAAAUGGUUCCUAAGCUUUCCUCUCAGCGUUCUUCUGGAGACGCAGGCCUAGAUGCCAAAGGAGAUGUUACAGGAAAGAAGAAGGACAUGGAAAGCUGUAACACCACCCUUAUCGUGGUGAUGAGUAUUUUUUUGCUGUUGCUAGUUUUGUUGAAUGUGACUCUGUUUCUGAAGCUGUCAAAGAUAGAACAUGCGGCUCAGUCCUUUUACCGUCUCCACCUGCAAGAAGAGAAAUCUUUAAAUUUAGCCUCUGAUAUGAUGUCAAGAGCAGAAAAUAUUCAGAAGAACAAAGAUCAGGCCCAUCGUUUAAAAGGAGUGCUCCGAGACUCCAUCGUGAUGCUUGAACAGUUGAAGAGCUCACUCAUUAUGCUUCAGAGAACCUUUGAUCUCCUAAAUAAGAACAAGACGGGCAUGACUGUCGGAAGCUAGUGAUCUUAAGGACUGAAAUUUAGCAAUACUUGGAACUAAAAGAAAACAAUGUGAAGAAAACCAGAGGAUGAAGGAUUUUAAUUGUCACAGGAACAUUUCCAUAUUUUCUCAUUUAUUGGUAGUUCUAGUAUGAAUAUUCUCUUUAAUAACAUUUGUUUGAUAAUGAAUCUCUGAUGGCCUGAUACAUGUAGAUAUGUAUACUUCUUAAACCUAAGUCUGUGUAAAAAAUUAUGUAUAAGCUGUGAAUUCUCCAGUGAAGUGUGAAAUAUAUUGUGGAUUUGAGUUUCUAUGAUA